UAUCUACAAAAAUAUUUUGACUUUCGACUCAGGAGAUGGUAUAAUUGAUGCUGUUCCGGUGAAUACUGGCGGUGCUACGCAAGCUUGUGAUUUUCCCACCACAGUCGAUCCUGAGAUGGACGGUGACCCAUGCGGCGAGAAUGCCCGUGAAUUCUCAAAUAAUGAUGAUUACUCGGACAACGCCAGCCAAUCUCGUUUGAAGGAGUUCCUGGCUAUCCCAGAAGCCCCGAAGCGCGAGAAGAAGCAUCGAAAUUAUAAGCAACAAUCGUAUGCCAUGCUGACUGCCGGAGAAAGACUGCAGGAGCUACGUAAUCGCGAGAGAAUGAAGGAAGAAACUGAAGAAAUGCGCAAAGAGAAAGCAGAAGAACGAUUAAAGAAGAAAUAUGAAGCCGAGGAAGAGAAGAAAGUCAAACAACAGCGCAUUCAGGAACGUAAAAUCAAACGAGAAGUAGAAAAGGUGGAACUGAAUGAAAUGAGGCAUAAAAGAGCAGAGGAAAAGCUACAGAAACAAGAGCUUAAACGCAAACAAAAAGCAGAAAUGGAAGAGAAAAAGAAAAUCAAAAUGCAAAAAAAAACAAAACCGGAAUCGAAAAAACUACGUCAGCCUCUAGCGUCGCUCUUGGUGGAUGAAAAUGGAUCUGGUGAAUUAUUUGUUGAUGAACCUGAGGAAGCUGUCAGCUUUUUCGAUAUUUCGGAGGAGGUCGAACUCAACGCUGUGCUUGGCUUGGAUUUCCAGUGA